GGGGGGGGGGGUGAGCACCUGGCAAUAUUAUGGUAAUAUUACCCUGACCUAUAAUUGCAAUUCACGCGGUUGCGGAUUUAGUGAUUACACUAUCAGACUGUGAUAAUCAAUAUCUCAUAUUCCCAUUUUUUUUUUUGUUAAGUGCUAAUUCCUGAUUAAAGAUCCGGUAUCCGGCACAUUUUUUAAUUUUUAGUAUAUUAGUUUAUUUUCCUAAAUUAAUAACUUGAAUCUCAGUUUUACUUGACCGUCGUAUAUUUUCUCAGAGUUUAACGAAUCUAAAUCAUGAUUAAGGUACUUAAACUGUUCUAGCAUACUACUAUCGAACAAUUGACGUGUAAGUAGUUUUAUAAAGUGUGUAAUAUUAAAACUAUGUAAAUGGCUGAACGACUAGAACUCAGAAAUCUGGUGAUCGAGUCAGACACACCGUCCACAAGUUCGCCGGUUACGCCAAACGUGACGUCAUCCCCUAAAACACAAAUAAAAAUUCUUGGUUUACUGUUAGCUGCCAUAUCAUCCUUAUUUUUCUCUCUGAGUACAUUGAUAGUUAAAUGGCUCGACGACAUAGACCCAUUGGAAUUGGCCGCCAUUCGUUUUGUCGGAAUAUUAAUUCCCUCAGUACCCAUACUGAUCUACAAUAAACAGAAUCCAUUUCCAAAAGGUCAACGACUCAUGCUACUACUUCGUGCUUUUGCCGGCGCCACUUCAGUGUCUCUAAUUUUUUAUGCCAUUAGACACAUGCCCUUAGCUGACGCUUCAGUAAUUGUAUUCAGUGUGCCUGUCAUAGUCGCAAUAUUCGCCAGAAUAUUUCUCAAAGAACCAUGUGGACUGUUCCAUUACUUCACAUUAUUCUUAACAAUGAUUGGAGUCUUAUUGAUCACAAGACCUCCUUUCUUAUUUGGGCAGUCGACUAAACAAUACAAUUUUUUAGGUCCUUUAGCAGCUUUGUUAUCUACAUUUUUUGGAGCUAUUGUUUAUAUACUACUUAGAGCUUUGAAGAACUUACAUUUCAGUGUUAUCAUGGUGACGUUUGCCACUUAUUCUAUCAUACAAACGACUAGCAUGGCUUGGGCUACAGGAAACUUGUGUUGGCCAAAAUGCGGUACUGAAAGAAUUUUAGUAAUUGCUUUAGGCGUGUUCAGUUUUUCUGGACAAAUGUUAUUAACCAUUGCAGCCCAACUCGAAGAAGCUGGAUUGGUUGCUAUUGCAAGGACUGUUGAUGUGGUGUUUGCUUUUGUGUGGCAGAUAAUAUUUUUCAACGAGGUACCUAAUAUUUUCAGUAUUAUUGGUGCAGUCUUGGUGACUUCAUCUGUUGUACUGAUCGGCCUAAGGAAGUGGAUGAUGUCUAUGCCGUCUACAUCAAGCUUCAGAAAAAAAUUUGGAUUUCUAUUUUUAUGACAACCACAUAUAUUUUACUUAUUGUUAAACUAUUGAUCUGCCUAGCACCAGUACUACUUAAAAUAAUUAAAUCACUUUAUGUUUGUUAAAUGUAUACCUAUUGUAAAAUAUUAACGUUUUGUGAAAACAAAAAAGUACAAUUUAAUCGGCUCAAUCAUAGUUUACACGCUUAUUAUAUUUUAGUUGUGAAUCUGAACGUAUACCAUUUUAAGACUUCUAUUUUAGAAACAACAAUUUGUGAUCAUUAAUUAUCUCAUAAGUUUUUAUUUUAAAAAUAGAUUAAGAUUGAGUUUUUGAUAAUUGUAUAAAUUAAUUACAUUUUUUAUACUAUUCCUUGAAGUAUAAGAUCAUUUUUAUAGAAGUAUGUCGAAUUAAUUUUUUAUAAUUUCAUUGUAUUUCAAGAAAUAUCAAACUUUAAAUUAUUGUUACUGAACAAAUUGUUUAUAAUGAAAAAUUAUAUUUGUAUAAUUUUUAACAAUGAUCUAUGUUGUAGUCUUUUUGUUUAAAUGAUUUUGUUUAAACUGAUAUUUCUAGUCAAUAACAUGUAAUCCUUUGAGUUAAUUUUACAUGUAAAAUAUAAGUAUACAGAUUAGGUUAAAAUCGUAUUUUUAUUGUCAUUAUAAUUAAUUGUACAGUUAAAAUAUUAUUUGAGUUACAAAUUACAUUUUACAAUUUAUUGUUAAUAAUAUUACUAAAUUAUUUGUACUUACACCCCUUAAUAAUGUAUAUGAAUUAAAAACUACUUACAAAUUAAUAUUUAUUGUAACAUAAAUAAU